UAUGAAAACACGGAUAUGGCUUUACACUAUGGUGCUAUGCUCAGGGAGUGCAUAAGACAUCAGAUAGUUGCUAGUUAUGUUUUGCAAUCACCGAAUAUGAAGAUUUUUGAUUACAUACAACUUCCAAAUUUUGACAUUGCCGCGGAUGCUGCUGCGACAUUCAAGGAACUCAUGACAAGACAUAAAUCUACUGUAGCUGAUUUCCUCUCUAAAAAUUAUGAAUGGUUUUUUGAAGAGUAUAAUUCUAAGCUGUUGGAAUCUCCCAAUUAUAUUACGAAGCGUCAAGCUGUCAAGCUCUUGGGAGACAUGUUACUUGAUCGUUCAAAUUCUGCUGUAAUGACACGAUAUGUGAGCUCAAGAGACAACUUAAGGAUUCUGAUGAAUUUAUUAAGAGAGGAAAGCAAGAGCAUUCAGAUAGAAGCAUUUCAUGUUUUCAAGCUAUUUGUUGCCAACCAAAACAAGCCAGCCGAAAUCAUUGGCAUACUCGUCACUAAUAGAAGCAAGCUUUUAAGAUUAUUGGGUGACUUCAAGAUGGAUAAACCUGAUGACCAGUUUGAUGCUGACAAAGCUCAAGUUAUGAGGGAAAUUGCUGCUCUUGAACCUAAAAGCAGCCCUUGAAUUGCGGAAUGUGUUGGGAAGCAACUUGCAUUGCAGCCUUGUUUAAUGGAACUUUGUAUUGCUAGAGUUUUUACAGUCUUCAUCAAGACUAUGGUUUUUAACGCAAAUUUCAAAAUGCUUGGGAUCUGUAAUUUUAUCUUAGGUAAAAGGUAGAUAAAUAAAUUUGCUAUAAUUAGCCACGUGCCUGUUUGGCUUUUCCAGGUGUUAGAACCACCUUCCUAGCAUCCUUGUAAUUAAAUGCUGCUAGAGAUCGUGCAAUAAUUUGUCUAUCUCAAAUUUGCCUAGACUAA